AUGGAAUAACCAGAGCAAAUCCCAGAAGACCCUAAAAUGCUACUAUUGACAAUGGAAUUGAAUAGAAUGGCAUAUGAAAGAUAGAUUAUCAAAUCUAAAGAUGAAAUUUAGAAGAAUAAUAAUAAUUCUAAUAAAGAUAAUCAAUACCUUAAAGAAUAAGAAAAAUAAAUAAAAUAGCUUAAAGAAGCUCUGAAUCAAAAGGAUUAAAUGCUAGAACAACGAGUUCAAGAACUCAAUCAAGAAUAACAAAAAAAUCAAUAACUCUAAAAAUAAAUUGAUAGUAUUUCCAAAUUAGUUUAAUAAAAAAAAGAACCUAAAUAUUAAUUAUAGAUAGACCAAAAAUUGAUUCAAUAGUUAGCAUAGUAAAAAUAACAAACCCAAAAAUCCCAAACUUCACCCCUAUUGCAGACAGUUUAACAAAAAGGAAACCCAAACUAUAUAUAAAAUCCAAAUUAGCUAAUGUAGUCGCCUCCCAUAAUUUAGUAAUAAUAUUAAUCGUAGUCAUAUCAAUAACCAUAAUACAAACCUUCAUUGUCUAAGCAUAUCAGUAAUCAAUAGCAAUAGCAAUAGGUUUAUUAGCCUCAACAACACUAAUAUCUGUAAUAGUAGUAAUAGUAAUAACCUUUAUAUUAAAAUGUAUAAAAAAUUUAUUAUGGAAGAAAUUGA